AAACAGACAGUGAAUAAGACAGACUCAUCAUCAUGAAAAGCGACGAAAAGCUUGGAUUUUGUACAUAAAAGUGACGCUUCGCCACCACCGGGGCCCAUUCCAGCUUUGCCCUUCGAUCGAGACAGACUGAGGAAAUUUUGUACGGAAAGUAAUCCAGAUAACUCUCUUAUCUCAUCGAGAAUCAUGGCAUCCAUCGAUUUCUACUACUUGCCCCUCUCCGCGCCCUGCCGCUCCGUUCUGAUGGUGGCGAAAGCGGUCGGAGUGACCUUGAACUUGAAGCCGACUGAUAUCAUGGCUGGGGAAAACAGGACUCCGGAAUUCCUCAAGAUGAACGUGCAACACACCAUCCCCACCAUGGAUGACGGCGGCUUCUACUUGAACGAAUCUCGAGCAAUGCUGCAAUACUUGGCCAACAAGUAUGGCAAGGAUGACUCUCUGUAUCCAAAGGACCCCGAGGCGAGGGCACGCGUCGACAUGAAACUGUUGUUCGACAUGGGAACACUCUACGCCAAGUUUGGCGAGGCUUAUUACCCCGCCAUCUUCGGCAAGACUACGUUGGACCCAGCCAAGGUGGAAAAAUUUGAGGAAGUCCUCGACUUUUUGGAUGAGUACUUGACCGCGUCGAAAUACGUGGCGGGCGACAAUUUGACCAUUGCUGACUACGCGGUGGCUUCAUCUCUCUCCACGAUCGAGGCCGCGGGUCACGACCUGUCCAAACAUGGCAAGACUGUCGCCUACCUGGCCAAGCUGAAGGAGGAGAUUGACGGCUAUGCUGAGUUGAAUCAGGAAGGCGCCGACCAGUUUGGGGGGUGGGCAAAGGGGGCUAUUCAGAAGGCAUAAAUGAUGAAAUAAAUAAUUAAUUAUAGUUAAUUAUUAUUCAAUCUUUUCUUGCUUCGUCAGUAUUAAAAAAAGAAGCCUAAUUUAAUUUAAUUUAAAGUUUCAUUCAUGGAUAACUUAGUUGGUAAAAUUUCCUAAUUUGAAGAAUUUGAAAAAGCUUCAUGCAAAAAUGGAAUAAAUAAAGAAAAUUGGCUAAGCUAAAA